GCUGGGAGUGGGAUUGUUAGGUCUGCGCUAGAAUUGAUACCAGCUUCUUUGAUUGACUGUAUCCCACAGAGUGGUGGGAGUGUGUUGUAUGAGCAUGGGUCCUUGAUUAUAGUAAUCAGAAUUUAUUUAUAUCCCUUUUAUUAUUUUUACAAAUAACUCAAGGCGGUGAACAUACGCAACACAUCUUCCUCCUCCUAUUUUCCUAACAAUAACAACAACCCUGUGAGGUGAGUUGGGAUGAGAAAUCGCCUUCUUACGACAAGUCUUAAAUUCUUCUUAAAAUGUCUGUCAGUAGUAUAAUAAUUUAUCUAAUGAAUAAAGUACCUGGAAAGAAACGAUUUGGUAUGUACAGAUUUCUUCCUUUCUACUUCAUUCUCGGUGGUGCUAUGGAAUGGUUUAUGAUUAAUGUUCCAGUCGGCAAUCAGACCUUUUAUGAUGUUUACCGUAGAAAAGAGGCUGAGAAACAUUACCAGAAAUUGAAAGAAAAGUGAAUUCCACACUGAAUCAUCUGUACAUAAUGGAUUCUAAACUAAUAAAUGGAACUAAGAUUCACAGUUUACUUAAAAUAUGAAUGUAUACCGGCUGCAUUUUGUUCAGUGAAAUGUAUUUUUGUUAAUCUGUCUUGUUUUGAGUAAAAAAAUAAUUAUGUAUUUUGGUGAACUCAAGUGCCAUCAAGUUGGUAUUGACUUAAGUGACCACGUAAAUCAUCUCCAAGUGUAUCUGUCCCCAUCCUGAUCCUUCAGGACUUUCAGUGUAUACUCUCUUGCUGUAAUUGGAGUAUUCAGACCUUAAGAUAAAAGUUUCCCCCGCCUAGUUGUUUCCAACUCUAAGGGGUGGGACUCAUCUCCAUUUCUUAGCUGAAGGAGCCAGCAUUGUGCGAAGACAUUUCUGUGGUCAUGUGGCCAGCAUGACUAUAACUCAGAUCUACUCAUAUAUUAAAUAACAGUAAGACUGGUUGUUACCUGUUGCAUUUUAGAAAAUGUUGUUUUAGAAAUUGUUGCUUUGUGACAUUUCAUUAUUGAUUUAUCAUUUUUUGUAAAUAUACACAAUCACAUGUUUAUGUAUUGUCUCAUUAAAGUAAAAGGAAUUAUU